AUUGUGGCAGGAAAGCAGCCAGAGCAAGCCACUGACCACGUGACUCUCCCUGUGUUUCUGCAAAGGAAGCAUGGCACAAGCCCAAGACCCCCAAGGUCCUUUCAAGGACCCAUCCCAAGACUCAUCCAGGGGCACAAAGAGGUGAGCUCCAGCCCGAUCGCGGCCGGAGGUCCUGACGCUACUGGAACUUUGGGGAGAGGAGGAAUCCCUGCAGGCUCUGCAUUCCUGAUGCAGGAAUCCAGACAUCUAUGGCCACAUGGCUGAGGGGCUGGCAAAGAAAGGCCAUCACCCCAGAACUUUGGACCAAGUGUGGGCCAAGGUGAAAGAACUGAGGCAGGGCUAUGCCAGGGCCCAUGAGCACAGCUCCACCUCUGGGGAAGCGCCUCAGCAUUGCGCGUACUUCCAGGAGCUGGACAGAAUCCUGGGGGAUGAGGAACCCUUCUCUACACGGGUUCUUGUUGAGUCCGGGUUGCAGACACCCAUCCAGCACUGCCAGAAGGUGGAUGAGGAUAACCCAGAGGAGCAGCAGCUGCAGGAUGAGGAGGAGGAGGACCCCAACAGGAGUGUUGUCAGUCUCACCCUGGAGCCGGUCCCCCAGUCUCAGGAGGCCUCGCAGGCAUUUUCUGACCCUGGUGAGGGAACAUCAGCUGGACCUGCCAGAGCAGACCAGCAUGCGACACCUGUCCCACCACCCACCUGGGCCCAUGGAAGCCGCAGGCACUGGUGGAUCUAUACUGACUUCAUGCGCAGGCACAUUGAGGUCCUCAAAAGGAUGGAGGAGACCAUGGCAGAGAGGACGCGGGCAGAGGCUCGGUGGCAUGACCGCUUCUGUCCGGAGCUGCUUGAACUGCCUCCCCUCGACAUCAGCCCAUGUCCCCCACCCUGGGAGGAAGUCCUCUCCUUUGCUCUCGACCAGGUUGUGGAGAAUGCAACAUGCAGCCACCACCUCAGGGAUAUUGCAUUCUCCCAUGUCGAGAGCAAGCUCCAGGCACAAAUUGUAAUUGGGAAGAGGGGUAUGUUUGAGCAGAAGAAUGUAGGCUGCUGA